CCAGGUGUAAACUGCAAUGUAAAAUGCUGGAUUCAUAGUCAUACUAUGUGUCGUUUUUUAAUGUGCAGGAUAAGCUCAAGUUUGAAUAUUCUGGAAGUUUCAUGAGGCAAGAUGCCACGUGAUUGAUAGAAGACAGAAGAGCGUUAUCUUAGCACGAAGGCAUAGAGGGACAACAGCUCUUUGAAGAUGGAUCUGAAGGAGGACUUGGAGGCGGUGGUCUCGCGGCUGGAGCUCGGGCACUGGGAGGAGGUGGACCGUCCACACAAUGCAGAGAGCUCCACACCGCUUAUCAGUGCCUGCCAGAGGGGCCUGCACAGGAUAAUGCACACCCUUCUGGAGCAUGCAGCCGAUGUCACGCUGUGUAACCAGAGCAACCAGACAGCUAUGCAUGUGUGCCAUCCCGAGCUCCAAGAGGAGCUGCUGUUGGCCAUGUUCAGGCCGCUGCCUCCCCAGGCACAACUCCGACAGGCUUGCUGGCAGGGGAACCUCCACCUGCUGCAGCACUGGCUGGCUCAGAACAAGUGUGUGGACGUGAAUGCACCAAACAGGGAUGGGCUAACCCCUCUCAUGCUAGCUGUGAGAGAUGUUGACCUGUUUGAAAGUCUGGACAUACGUCUACCGUGGGAACACAAUCCACUGGGAGUAGUGGAGGAGCUACUGACCGCUUCUGCUCACCUGGAGGUAUGUGACCAUAGGGGUUACUCCGCACUGCAGUACGCCUAUGAAAUUAACUGCUUAUUGAGAGAGGAGCUGGUGCAGAUGAUAAUGGAUGCCCACCAGUGGCAAGCAGUCAUGUACCUGACCUUGGAGAUGGUGGAUCAUGAGGAAUCCUCUGAGAGUAUCUCAUGUUGCUUCACGCCCUGUGGUGUCCUUGAGCAGACAUCUGGCAUUUCUGAGAGUCAACUUCAGUGUUUGGAUGGUGGGCCCCUGUCAGAACAGCACCAAAUAAACAGUCAAGAUAAGAAGAUCCCGAAGUUUACCAGGAGUAGCCCGGGCACACCAAGGGAGAUGAGACAUGCUGACCAGGUUGGGAGGAAGGAGAACAGUCGAACGAAACUUCUUCCGAAGUUAGAUAUUAUGAAUACCACUAUGCUGCGGAAUACAGAGCCCAAUGGCAUAUCAGCUGCAAGCUGGACAGACAUGAGCACCAAGCCUGUUCCUCCAGCCUCCCCGGCUCCACAGUCAUCGCUGCUUAGCCGGUCUGCACCAACCAUCAUGGAGCCUUUCCUUGGUGCAAGUUCCCUUCUACAAGUGCGGACUAACAUUCACAAUCGAUUGACAAACUCCAAAGAGACUGAUGAAUGGGGUCAGAAGGGUUCUCCAGAUUCAGGGAAAAUCAGGACUCCAAGAACUUUGGCUCCAUUGAAGAGAGGGUGCCGAAAUAUCCCUCAAGUAUCAUUUCUUCGCGCACCACGUCCACUCAAACCUAUUGGAUUAUUUCCUCCAUCUUCUGACCCCUCAGGCAAGACAGAAAAGGCAGCCAGAGAGGAUAGAGAAGGAAGCUGUGCCAGUGGUAGACAAGGGCCACUGGGUAGAGAGGACACUAAUAGGGACAAUUGUGAUCAAGAGAGCCUGGUGGAUUAUCAGGACUCAUGUGUGUUUGAGUGUGCAGCAAACCCAGGACAACCCAGUCUGUAUGGUGAGUCUACUGGUGUGAUGUUUGAGGAAGGUGUUUGUGUCAUAUCUCUGUUUGACAAGGAAAACUGUGAAUUUCAGCAUACAGACGUUAAGACUGAAACAGCACAGGGUGACAAAGACCCUCAGAUUGACUAUGCGGAUGAGGCACAAGCUAAGCAGAAGGUGGUCUGCUUUGAAAAUCCUUCAUCAGAGGCAUGCAGGGCAGAGCAAUCACAUUCAAAGUCACAUUCCACAACUGAGGACACUCCAGUGUAUGACGUCAUAACUGAAAACUCACACGGUGUGGGAGUUGGUACUGAGCCUCUUCUUGUUCCAACUGUAAAUGUCAUAUUGUCAAAGGACGAACAUGUGCUUGGAGCCAACAGUCAGAUGGUAAGACUGAAGAUUGACAGAAAGGGAAGCACUCCUUUCCAAACUAAUAAUUCUUUUAAUGUCUUGGCAUGUAAAAACCAGAGUAGGAAAAAUCCAACCGUUCCAUUCCAUGUAAAGUGUCAAGAUGGAAAAUCUGAUUUAGUCAACAAAAAUAUGUCUAAAGGUAUUCACACACACACAGCACAAGCAAGCACUCGAAAACGAGUUACGGAGUCAGUAAAGCCCAGAAGGGGUAGUGCUGACAAGAAACGUCUGAGUAAUAUAAGGUCACAAAGUCAAAAGCAACUCAACCAAAAGGACCAGAAUAGGACCAAACACCUCCCCAAUACGGAGAUUGUAGGACCACCCAAGGCUAAAUCAGCUGUGGAUUAUGUAACGUACAAUGACAUGUUUCACGAGAUCAUGCACGGAGACAAUGGGCCGGCCAUCUUUGAGAUGUUCGCAACCCCGCUGUAUGACAAACUCAGAGUGGCAAGGUCCUCUGACAGAGAGAGGCAGGUGCAGUCAGCUCCACCAAUCAAGGACCAGAUCCAAAACUUCAAGAACAGGUGUCCCAAAAAAGUGGAGAGAAAGAAAAAGAAACAGGCUGAUAAGAAUAAACCGAAAAGAAAUAGGGAGACUGUAGCCACAGGACAGCCUUGCAAUGUACUAUCUUUGAAAAUAGACAACACUGAAUCAUUUUCCAAUCCAAAUCAUGCCAGCAGCACAAGGAAGCCAGAGGUUAUAUCAUCUGUUGAGGUAAAUGAAGAAAUAGAGGCUACUGAAAGUGAAGAUCAAACACAAAAAGCGCAUGUAUUAUCAAUAAUUCAAGAAGCUCUAUCUCAAUCUAGCUCCCUGGCCCCUAUGCUUGGCAAUCAGUUGCAAGGAAAAUAUCUUGGCACUUCUGCUGAGAAAAGGAAAGCCUCCACUCAGCUCACAGGGAGCAAUCAGGAAGUCCAUGAAGAACCUGAGGUGAAGGUUGAUCCGAACACUGAAUGUAAUCAAAGUCCAGACUUUAUUAGUUCACAAGAAUGGUCUGCACAGGGAAAAGUCAACAGUUGGACAUCAAGCACAAAGGAGCGAACAUGCCUGCCUCUAUUUCAGACAUAUGGGGAUAAAGAAGAGGACGAACCUCUUACAGAUGAGCUGAUGCAGUGCCUGGUGGAUGAGUUGAUAUCACUGGAGGAGAAAGAAAUAGAAACUGACCAUUCCGAGAACACCAGAGUUGACGGGCACAGAAAAGAAGCUCCACUGUUGACCCAACAAACGUUCCACAAGGCCAGAGGGGUGGUCAACAUGGAAGGGUCUUAUGACGAUGGAGCCAUCACAUGGACAAAAGGAGAAGUCCUGGGUAGAGGGGCAUAUGGAACAGUCUACUGUGGUCUGACUAGCCAGGGGCAGCUUAUUGCCGUGAAACAAGUAAUUCUGGAUGCCAUGGACAAGGAGACGGCAGAUAAGGAGUAUGGCUCCCUCCAAAGAGAAGUGGACCUGCUGAAAAGCCUCCACCACACCAACAUUGUUGGUUUCCUAGGCACCUCUUUGAGCGAGAGCAUCAUCAGCAUAUUCAUGGAGUACGUCCCUGGAGGAUCCAUUGCCAGUGUUCUUCAUCGUUUCGGUCCCUUACCGGAAAGGGUGUUUGCCAUCUACACCCAGCAGAUCUUGGAGGGGGUGGCCUACUUACAUAGCAACAGAAUCAUCCACAGAGACCUGAAGGGGAACAACAUUAUGCUCAUGCCCACUGGUGUGGUCAAGCUCAUCGACUUCGGCUGUGCCCGCCAGCUUAGCCAUCUCAACCAAACCGGCAGUCACGGCAACCUUCUGAAGUCUGCACACGGUACGCCCUACUGGAUGGCACCGGAAGUGAUUAAUGAGACUGGGCAUGGUCGGAAGUCGGAUAUCUGGAGUGUUGGCUGCACUGUGUUUGAGAUGGCUACUGGCAAACCGCCACUGACUCACAUGGACAAGAUGGCUGCUUUAUUCUACAUAGGGGCUCGACAAGGGCUGAUGCCAUCUUUGCCUGACAACUUCUCCAAACAUGCGAAACAUUUUGUACAAGCAUGUCUGACAAGUGAUCAGCAUCUGAGACCGUCUGCAGAGCAGCUAUUGGAACAUCCCUUCAUUAUGCAUGGACGAUGGUUUGACUAAACAUCCCUGUUCACCAGACAAAUUGAUUUGAUUCGCCAUUUCAGAUUAAUGCUACGUUGGAAUGUAAAUUACAAAAUGCCUUACAAUCAAAAACAAACUGCAUUAAAAUGUACAAACACAGCUGUACAGGAGUAUUGACCAAUUAUCUUUAUCAUUCAAUAUAUCAGACCGAAUAAUAAAAUUGAAGCCGAUUUUUCAAAUAUUUUAACUGUCCAGGUUUAGCUGACAAAGGAACAGUAAAACUAUGGUAUUUUUUACCCUAGGUGCCAAACUUAAUUUGUUAUAUGAUUGUGUAUUAAUGUCAAAAAUUCUCUCACACACUCAAAAUUCAUGUAGUGGAAACCUUGGGAUUUAUUUGUACAACUUAACUGAGAGGGUAGUGGAGGGGGCAGACUUGACUGGAUGUUGAUAUGUUCCACUGUAUAUAAACCUCCAACUCUGUGCCCUUGAAUAAAGUAACAAUCUGCA